AUGCGCAGAGGUCAUCAUCAUGGUCACCAUGGGCAUCACGGGAGAGGUUUUGGACACCAUCAUGGUCACCACCACCACCAUCACGGUAUUGGUGCCCCGUUGGGAGCUCUAGCCGUUGGGGCUGUAGCAGGAGCUGCGAUUGCGAGCUCAAAACCUAAACCAAAGGAAACAGUUGUACACGUCGUACACACUCCACCUCAGCCGGCACCGCCUCCACCUCACAAUCCCGCAUAUCCGGCUGCACCUCCGGGCUACUAUCCCCCACAACAAGGAGGCUAUCCCCCACAACAAGGAGGCUAUCCACCACCACAAGGAGGCUAUCCACCACAAGGAUCAUAUCAGUACCCACCGCCACCAGGGUAUUACCCACCGCAACAACAGUAUCCUCCUCCAACAACCCAGUGA